AUGAAGGAUCUGAAUGAGGAAAAGAUUACGGCUCUAUUUGAUGAGCUAGUCUCAGAAAACAUCAUCAUCUACGGGCCGCACGAGUCGAUCAGGUAUGAGGCUGGACGCUAUCCUCUCGAAUUCCGAGUUUGCAAGCAUCUGAACAAGAAACCGCACACCGUUGGUGCAAAACUCAGUUCCAGCUUCGACAAAAGCCGCAAAUGGGGACCAGGCAGCGACAUGUACUGUCCUGACGAGCGCUUGAUUCUGGGUCAGCUGAACGACACGCAUGAUCUGGCGUUGAACUUGUUCUGCGUUGAUCGGCCUCAGCUACUCAUGUUGACGCUAGACUCUUAUCAGCGGCAAUACGACCCACUGGCGCUGGAUGACUUCAAGGCUGCGCUGGAACUACUGAGGUUGUUUCCUGGCAUGUAUGUUAUCUACAACUGCAGCGAAGCUGGUGGAUGUAGUAGAAUGCACAAGCAUAUGCAAGGCUUGAAGGGUCCACCAUACGCGUUUGAGUACCUGAUUCACGCGAGUGAAGAAAAGCUGGAUGUUCCAUUCCGGUACUUCACCCACCAUUUUGAUCAGACUUUGAGGUCCGCAUCGGCAACUGAAGUACUGGAUGUAUACAGAGUACUCAUUGACCGAACACGAGAGGUGCUGCAAAUCGGGCCGGAAGAUGUCUGUCCUCAUAAUGUUGUUUUGUGGGACGACAGACUCAUCGUGAUACCACGAAGAAGAGGCUUCUUAGAAGGUGCAAGUGCAAACUCUGGUGGUAUGACGGGCUGCGUAUGGGUUCCGGAUGAGACCCAAGUGGAUGAGUGGAAGAGGCUUGGGUUCACGAAUGUUUUGCGGGAGCUGGGUGUUCCUUCGGCAUGA